AUGAGCACCAUCUGGAGACAAUUUGACUUGAGCACUAGCUACGAGGAAGGAGAUGUAGUUCCAGACUGGAUUCCGACUGCCUUCAUUGAACUGGCCGGGAGGGAAAUCAUCAAUCACCCAGAAAGCCAGAAACGUUAUUUUGGAAAGCUGACGGGGUACCAGUCCCGUGAAUCGCAGUCUUUGUAUAAAUUGAAGGAUGAAAGCGAAGAGGGGUCUGAAAUAAGGCUUAUCGCGAUUCAAGGGCCCUUUGACCCAAACACACAACCAGUGGUUAUGGGAGUCGAUGUGACCAGAGAAUCCCGAAACAUCGCUCAACCAGUUCCCCAUCCCGCUGCCGCUCCUCGCGAUUUGAACACUCAAGUUGAUGAGAUUCGUCCCCUCGCAAACAGUGCCGUCAUGGACAGAAUGGAAUACAGAGGCGGUGGAAAUGAAAUUCGACAAACCUCCGGUUCCUCGCGUAAUCUAAGGCGUGCCCCUCGUAGGCACAGACUUAGACAAGCUGCCGAGGAUGACUACGAGUCACCUAUACAGGCUUUCGAGCGCGUUCCUCAGCAAGGGGCGGACGCAGCCCAGACGACAUUCGGUGGUUACCCAUCUUCUAGUCAAUCUGCCGGAACAAGUGGAAUGGAUCAAGACAUCAAGGUCGAAUUCGAUGAGGACGGUGUCCACAUCGGAAGGAACCUGAGCAACGUGUCGCUUUCGGGCGAUUUCUCAUACGUUGCUGGAAACACCAUUCGUUAUGGUCCUAGUGGGAGUGUUGAGAAGGUCAUUCGCGGACCCGUCAUGAACAUGGACAACAUUACCUUUUAUAAGAGAUAA